AUGAAUUGGGCUAAAGAUUAUUUAAACGAAAAACUCGUUAAUCUUGAAAUUGAACAUGAAGGUUAUAAGAUUGAGACAACAGAAAUUAUUGAAUGUUCAGGUGACGCAGAUUUGAAUCAAAGGAAAGGAAAAUUCAUUCCAAUAAUUGAUUUGGAAGUGGAAUUAAAAUGGAAAGUCAAUGACGAUCCUUCGGAUAAAGAUGUAAUAAGAAAAAUAAUUCGUGAAAAAUUGGGUCCUUUGAUGAAUGAAAAAGUAAAAAAUUUUGGAAAUGAUAUGUUAGAAAAAUCAACCAAAGAAUCAACAACUCAAGAAUCAACUAAAAAAUCUCUAUCUAAAACUAGCUUAGGAAAUGUUACUACAAUUAAAGAAACUGUUGAAUUACAAACUUCAGCUGAUCAAGUUUACGAAACUUUACUUGAUCCUGGAAGAGUAGCUGCUUGGACUAGAUCAAGACCUGAUAUUUUUAGGCAGAUUGGAACUUCUUUUAGUUUAUUUGAUGGAAAUAUUACUGGAACCAUUUUAGAACUUGUUCCAAAUGAAAAGAUUGUACAAAAAUGGCGUCUCAAGACUUGGCCCGAAGGCGACACUGAUUUAUUUGUAGUUGUUCUUGGAGAAAGAAUUAUAGUCAAAAAUGAUACAAUCCCUUUCGACGAAAUCAAUGUUACACUUCUUAAGGAAUUUAUCAGGGAGGAGAGAGACAAUAUUAUUAGUAGUUAUAAAAUGGUUCUUUGGAAGGUUGAGAUUGAAGUAACCAAUGAUAACAUAAAAAAACUUAAAAAUAUCAAAACUGAUAUUAAAAGUGAAUUCAAAGGUGUUAAGUUGAAAGAAUUUGAUUUGGUUAAUGAAAUUUUCUCAGGUGCACCUCCAGAAGAACACAUCAAUAUCAUUGUGCAACUUUCCUCCACCACUGACAUGCCUAAAAACAAGAUAGGAUUAUCAAGACUAGGAGGUCUUGGAGGAACACUUGUGAAUGGUGUGGAAAGUGGUAUGAGCUAUGAAGGUGUUGAUCUUAAGCAUAUUGAAAAUAUAUGUCAGAGAAAAGAAACUAUUAACAGGUUGCUUAAUGAUCUGGAGAAGAAAAAUAUUAUUCUAAUUCGAUCACCACCAAUGACAGGAAAAACAUCACUUGCACAACUAUUGGAAUAUAGCAUUCUUGAAUCAGAGGACGGUAAAGUAAUUUUAAUUGUUGAUGAAGCGCAAGUAAUUUCUUAUCCACAAAAUGUAAUUGAACCUCGCUAUGGUGGAAGUAUAUUUUGGAAUUCAUUUAAAGGAAUACAACAAUUAAAAAUUGUAGCAUUUUCUGUAUAUGGAUAUUAUGGUACUUACACUGAUUCUGGACAUCAUUCAAUUUUGACUAUUUUACCACAAUCUAUUCUCUCUGAGGAAAAUACAUGGGGAUUUGCAGAUCAACGUUUUACUAUUGAAGAGUUUAAAGAUUAUUUUAAUAACUUUUGUAAAAAUCGUCUUCAAAUAUUGAAAAAAGAAAGUAUUUUACCUCUUUGUUAUUAUGUGGGUGAAAUAACAGCUUUUCAUCCAGGUUUAGUUACUUUCACCAUGAAUCAAAUUUGUGAAAAAUUUAUUAAAUGGCCUUCGCUGGAAUUUGAUGAUGAUACGCGUGCAUGUCCGCAGGUUGAAUAUAUGUCAAAAGAAGAAAAGAAAAUUGCUGAUAAAGUACUUUUCAACAAAAGUCCUAAAGUUUAUUCUGGCAGUAUUCCAAAUAAUAAUAAUCAAAUAAUUAUGACAUAUUUUCUUGUGGAUAUUAAAACAGAAAAUGGUUAUUCAACCCUUAACUUUCCAGCACCAUUGCUUAGGGCUAUAUAUUUUCGAGAUCGUUUUGGUUAUGUUAUUCAAGAUUUUUCUGAUUAUUUAAAAUGGUCUAAUUCACGACCUAAAGAAAUUGAAUUCAAAGAUUUUCUCAAAUUAGUAUUCACAAAAAUGUAUCCGAUGACAUUACAAAAUAGUAGGGAUAAAGGAGAAGAUGAUCGACUUUUUGAACGUGUAUGGAAAAUGGAAUUUUACUGUGCAUCAAUACAAGUUCUUCCUAUGAAUGCUUUAAUUACUGUUGAUGUUGGAAAAGUGUUUGGAUCAACAGGAUAUGUAGAUUUUUACAUUAAUGAACCGUAUAAUUGGAUUAUUGAAUUAUUGAGAGAUGAGGAAAAAAUGAUUCAACAUCAGCAAAGGUUUCAAGAAGGUGAUAUAUCCGAACCUAUUUUUAAACAUAUAAAACAGUGGGCAAUUAUUGACAUUCGAAAUAGUGAUAAAAAAGUUCCAAAACCAGAAAAACUUAAAGAGAAUAAUAUUUAUGUUCAUUGUGCUGAAAAUUUUGAAUUUGUUCAGUUGAUUUAUCCUAAUGGAAACAUAGAGGAUGUUCAAUUGUUAGGUGAAGAAAAUAGGCUUGGAUAUGAUAUAUCAGAAUUUUUAGAUUCAAAGGAAAUUGAUUAA